AUGGACCCUUCUGCAAGGACGCCACGUGGCAGGCCCCCGGGCUCCAGGAAUAGGACAAGCUCCAUCUCUUCCCCAAUGGCCGAGCCUGAUAAGUCUUUCACUAAGGUUUUUGCUUUUAAUGUACCUCCAAACAGGGACAUCAUGGAGUUCAUCUUUGACAUUGCUCACAAGGACCAAGUCAAUGUAUCUGUCCUUAAUGCCUCUGGCAUGAUCAACAUUGUUACCUUACACAACUCCCAGAAGGUCAUGCUCCAUGGGCCUUUCACCUUACUCUCCCUUACUGGUUCCUACUUAUGCAAGAACCACUACACCCUUCACCCUGGAGUCACCUCUCCAUUUCCCUUAUGCUUUGGGAUAAACCUUUCCGCCUCUCAUGGUCAGAUCAUCGGUGGGGUCAUCGGUGGUAGCGUCAUCGCCGGUGAGGAUGUCUGCCUCACGAUCUCCACCUUCAAGAAUCCUGGUUUUUUAAACUACACUUUUGAACAACAUGACAAUAGUAACGACAACCAUGGUAAUAAGUCUGGUGAUUUCAUUGGGGGUUGCAACCUGUUGGGGUUCAACUCAUUUGGUUGUGGAGUUCGUGGGUGGCGAAUGAAUUAG